ACGCAAGCUCACGUUAUAACAAGUUGCCCAGUGUGCGUACUUGCUUGUUCGCUUGCGGACGUCCUGUGCCGGUUACACCAGAUGAGUGCUUGUCAUUGAUUUCGUGUUCAAGCUCCAGAACACAUGCCGUUAACGAUCAUAGCUAUAUAAUUACACGAGAUGGCAUCUAGACAGAGAACGAGAGCAUCUGGUGUGGCGUUGACUGGACGAAUCGGUGAAUCGGGUCCGCCAAGAGCCGAUAUACCAGCAAAGCCAGAGACCGGCCAGCUGAAGGUGGAGUCGGUGGACCUUCAGACGGCGAAGAACCGACCGGCUCACCGCACCGAUAAGUACGAGUACGCCGGACUGGUGGUGAGGCGUGGCCAGGCCUUCGAAGUGGAGAUCAACUUGACUAAGCAGUACGAUGCAGCAGCCGGCCACAGAGUGUUCAUCGAAAUGUGGUGGGGAGACAAGCCAAUGAUGUCUCACGAGAGCCAUAUCGCCAUUUACGUUCGUCCCAUCGAUGUAGCAAGCGAAGAUGUCGAUGAGUGGAGGGCAAAGGUCAUUGAAUCCAAGGGAACCAAGCUGACCGUAAAGAUAUCCAUUCCCUCCGAUUGUCUGAUCGGCCGGUAUAAGAUGGCAGUUCGCACUAACGUUGGGGGCGCCCUUGCCUGCCGCUUCAAACUGGAGGGACACGUCUACGUUCUUUUCAAUCCAUGGUGUCAAGCCGAUGAGGUGUUCCUACACAAAGAGGAACUGAGGCAGGAAUACGUUCUGAAUGACAUGGGGAUGUACUUCUAUGGAACCGACCACUCCGUGGGAUGGGCGCCGUGGUAUUUUGGCCAGUUUGAGUCUGGAAUCCUGGAGUGUUUGGUUCGCCUUCUGGAAGAUUGCAAGAAGCGCCCUGCAGCUUAUUCCUGCCCAAUUGAAAUAUCUAGGCAGCUGUCGGCUCUGGUUAAUUCACAAGAUGAGGGAGGAAUCCUCUCCGGCAACUGGAGUGGCGAUUACGCGGAUGGCACGGAGCCUACAGCUUGGUCCGGUAGCGCCUCCAUCUUCGAGGAGUACAUCAGGACAGGGCUGCCGGUGAGGUACGGACAGUGCUGGGUGUUUGGCGGUCUGCUUACCACAGCUCUCCGCUGCAUUGGUAUCCCGGGCCGUACCAUCACCAACUUCUCCUCGGCGCAUGACACUGACGCUAACUGCCUGAUUGACUACCACUACGAUGCCGAUGGGAAAUCACUUGGAACGGCCGACAGCGUCUGGAACUUUCAUGUCUGGAAUGACGCUUGGAUGGCCCGCCGUGACCUACCCAAGGGCUAUGGUGGGUGGCAAGCGGUGGACGCCACUCCACAAGAGAAAAGCGAUUAUGUGUACCGCACGGGACCUGCCUCCCUGACUGCAGUGAAGAGCGGCCAAGUGUAUUUCAGUUACGACACCAAGUUCGUGUUUGCCGAGGUCAACGCCUGCAAAGUCUCGUGGCUAAUCAGCAUGGAUUACUCGGAGCAACCGAAAGUCAUAGAUAUUGAUACCGACGCAGUGGGGACUCGCAUUUUGACGAAAGCUGUUGGAAAAAUGGAACGGGAGGAUAUCACUCGGCAGUACAAGCCAGAGGAAGGUUCUGUCAUGGAAUACCUGAGCCUCUUCACUGCCGACAAGUACACGUAUACUCUCAAGAAGCUCUUACCGGAGACGGGCCGGGACACUAGCUUGAAGAUCGUCCUGCCGGAAGACGUUCUCAUCGGUAAGGACUUUGUGGUUCAGGCCAAGCUGAAGAAGACGUGCCCUGUCGAGGAGCUGCGAAGUGUGACUCUCGUCAUCACUUGUAUUACAAUGUACUACACGGGAGUGAAAGCAAAUCUGGUAUUUGAGUCACGAGACUUUGUCAACGUGAAGAGCGCAGAAGCAGUUCAUGAGUGGAAGGUGAAACCGAGCGACUAUCUCCCUAAACUCGUGGACCAGGCCAACGUCCGCUUCCAGAUAACCAUGUUUGUAUCCGAGACAGACCAGGUGAUGACAAGAGCAGCAAAUUUCCGCUUGACCAAGCCGGACCUCAAGGUUCAGGUUCCCAAGACUGUGAUUGCAGCCACAGAAUUUACAGCCAGCGUCAAGUUCACCAAUCCUCUGUCCACUGCACUCCACGGCUGCUUCUUCAAAACCGAAGGUCCUGCUGUGGUCCUGCCUAAAAAGGAAGCUUUCAGAAACAUCGGGGGCGAUGAAACAGUCCAGUACAAGGUCACUGUUGUAGCAAGAAAGGCGUUUGGCGACAAGGAGAUCCUGGUGUCUUUCUCGUCCUUCGAUCUGAUUGGUGUGUCCGGCAAAGAAGUUGUCACCAUAAUCUAACUGCCCAGUCGUGGCAACCGGAGAAUUAAUUAUGCGAAGAACAGCAUAAUCUGCUCAGUGUUCGGCAAAGUAUGUGUACUGCCCGCGCUGUAUAAUCUUGCAAUCAAACAUAAUUACGUUUUCGUCUCCUUCGUGUCUUUAGCCGAACUUCUGUGAACAAAAUUAAUCGCCUAAUCCCCGUAGGUUAGGAGGCAAUUAUAAUUAUAGGCAGAGUCUUGAACAGUGUAUGAUACUGACCAUCCAUGGGGCAUGAUUGGUUUUCCCAACGACUCAUGAUGCCCAAGGGGGCGGGGCGGUAGAGCGGAAAGGUCAUCCUCUUUCUAUGCCCCAGAUGUGAAAUGUCUACCAUCAAACAUACCAAAACAUACCUGUUUGGCGGAACUUUUUUCUCUUGGUUUCUCUCAAUAUUUUCUCGUAAAUGUUUUGUUGUUUGGUAAUACGGUUUCUUCUUUGUAAAGCGUAAAGUCCAGUAGUUCAGAGUAGCACUAUAUACACACUUGUAAUACUAAUGAUAAAUAUAUCCUAUUUCUGAUAUCAAUAACAAGGUAAUCUUUUAUGCGUAAGCAUUCUUAAGGUAUGGUUUGCAUGAACACUUAAUAAAUAUUAGGAUUCACAAAAUGAAAAAAAACAAUAAAUAGCGUUGUGUGAUUUUAAUGCGUCAGUAAGUAAGGGUUGAUAACUUCCUAACAGGUAACAUAUGCAUCAUUUGAAGCUUAAUUUUACAUUUAACAGUUUGCAGUAAGUGACAAAAUUUAUGUAAUCGGCAUCGUUGCUAAUGAGUGCUCAUGAAUGUGUUGGCUUAUUGUUGAAUUGAAGAUGUUUAAGGAAUAGUAAAGUAGGAUUUAUAAUUGCUGAAUACAGUUAGUCCACUGGAAUCGCUCUCCGGUGGCACCGAUUUAAGCUUCCAAACCUGUUAAUGGCCAACACAGAAUGGCUGUGACCAUUUCGUCCAAAGGUACUUUGGGGACCACUGAUGUACGUGUAUCUCGAAUCCAGCUUGCUGACAUGCAUGUUGCACGCCCUGUGAUCACAUCAAAAAAUCUGCUCUGAGGGUCGAAGAGCCUGCGAGUUUUGAAUUUGGACAGAUGCGCAACUGCAAUGUUUGCUCUGUCAGGACUAUUGCCUCAGAUAUUUUCAUUUAUUUGAAUAUUGUGGGUGCGAAACAAGAUAUCCCUUUAUUCACACUACUGUAGUGGGCGGCACUGAGAGGCCCUAUCCUGCUGUCAAAGGGACCAAGUAAAGAACGGAUGCAGGCAAACACAAACGACAUGUAGGUAUAAGCGGCUCAAUUUAUUCAUCAAUGGCAUAUCACCGGCACUUAAUCACAGGGGAACGCCGCUAUAAGGAAACAUUCGGCUGUACCAAACAUCGUGUUCUCAAUCACGUACAUGAAACUAAGAAAUGAUAUACUCACUGAGAGUUUUCUUAAAGACCAUACUACAUCAUCCUUUACAGCUGAAUCAUGGCUUGGCCAGCCAAGCGCACAAAAAGGCAAGUCAACGACCUCAAAAUAUGAUUUUGUUCACGGACAAAUUGCACCAGUCUUGUUACGCGUACAUCAGACCCAGCUAAUCGGUGCACAAAUCCGUAUAUCAUGUAAGCUUCGAUUCAUAUUCUCCUACAAGCUACCACAUAAUGUAACAGACAAUAUUGCAAAGUCAUACAACACUUUCAUUAAUAAACCUAGACAAAUGUUAAAGAUAAUUUAAGAACUGAUUUUCCCCUGCUAGGGAUUUGCACUCUGCAAACCGGCGGCACAGGAUGCACAAAGGUCAACCAAAAAGUAACAACUUGAUGCAUAUAUGCAAAUAACCCAGACACGAUGUAGAUUUACAAAAUCAUGCGUAUACUUUUACAGUAAUAUCGACAUCUAGUUUGACAAAGUCAUAUUUAUUAUACUUUAAGUAUGUAUUGGCUUCGGAUUUAAAAUGUAUACUUUCAACAGGUUUAUUUAUAUCACAGAGCAGAGGCUUGCAAAUGUGCUUUGUUGCAUUAGGUGUGGAAACUAUAUGUAUUAGGAAAAGCGCCAUACAGAUUAAGUUGUUUGGGACUGAAUAAUAAUUGUUUUGAACCAAAACGUCAGGGUUAAUAGUUACAUAAAGUCUUGAGAAGUUUGCAAAAUGAAAAGGAUGUUUAAAGAAAGAUAUCCGAGUUAGAACUCUACUCUGCUUGAAAGUCGAUUAUUCUUGCAAACAAUUCUAUAACGGUUUAAUAGCUGCUUCUGUUUUUGCGUGCUGUGUUGAUUUAAUAAACAGAAAAUAAAAUCGUUA